AUGUAUCAUGAACGGCAGUCACGGCAGAUGUGCCUAGUGCAUGCUCUGAAUGCCCUGUUUCAAAAACGCCAUUUCACGUCGGAAUCUUUAGAUGAGAUUUGUUAUUCUCUCAAUGAUAGUCGGUGGUUCAACCCCCACAGAUCGAUGCUUGGCCUUGGUAACUAUGAUGCGAAUGUAUUGAUGUCAGCGCUUGCAAUGUUACCAGUGGAACGCAUUCGCUUCAAUAACAUAGAUGCACUGAUUGUGAAUAUCCCAACGAAAAACUACAUUCCUUUCUGGAAAGGGCGUCAUUGGUACACAGUACUUCGACAGGCCAACGGCAAGUUCUACAACCUUGACUCGAAACUGGAUAAACCCGAGGAAGUAACUGAUAUCGUCAAGUAUUGUCAUGGACUGCUCUCGAAAACGGCAGAUGCAAAUCAAAUUUUCCUAGUUGGUAAGAGUGAUCCAUCUCUUUAUGUUUCCCCGGAGUGA